ACGGCGGGGACGCGGUGGGGACCCGCGGGCGGCCGGAGCGCUGGCGCUUGCCCGCUGCUCCCCAGAGCCCUCCGGCAGCCCCGGGGGAGCCUAUGGAGAGCGGCCCGCGCAAUGCCAUAGUGUUCAACGCCUCCAAGGGCGAGAGCUUCACGCCGGCCGGCGGCUACAAGGCCCUGCGGAAGAGGCUGCGCGGCAGCUGGAAGGUUCUGAGCUUAAAAGAUGAGAUCACAUCUGAGAGACUGUUCGGGGUGAAAUUGUGGAUUACAGCAGGACCAAGAGAGAAAUUCAGUGCUGAUGAGUUUUCUGUUCUGAAGAAAUUCCUGGAGGAUGGUGGAGCUAUCCUGGUGAUGCUGAGAGAAGGUGGAGAGUCCCGGAAUGGCACAAAUAUUAACUUUUUGUUAGAAGAAUAUGGAAUCAUUUUCAAUAAUGAUGCUGUAGUACGAAAUGUGUAUUACAAGUACUACCACCCAAAAGAAGCACUAAUCUCUGAUGGAGUUUUGAACAGGGGAAUCAGUGAAGCUGCAAAGAAAACAGUGCUUGAUACAACAGAUGAAGACGGAAGGGGCCGUGACUCACAAGCCCUCAGCUUUGUUUACCCUUUUGGAGCCACACUGAAUGUGAUGAAGCCAGCAGUGGCAAUUCUGUCCACAGGGUCUGUGUGCUUCCCCCUCAACAGGCCUAUCCUGGCUUUCUAUCAGCAUGAGAAUAAAGGUGGAAAGAUGGCAGCCCUGGGAUCUUCCCACAUGUUCAAUGACCAGUAUUUAGAUAAAGAAGAAAAUGGUAAGAUCAUGGAUGUGCUUUUCCAGUGGCUCACAACAUCAGAUAUCCACUUAAACCAGAUGGAUAUGGAGGACCCUGAGAUUUCAGAUUACACCGUGCUCCCAGACACAGCCGCGCUCUCCGAGCAGCUGCGGGUCUGCCUGCAGGAAGGAGAGGAGAACCCAAGAGACUUCACAAAGCUGUUUGAUACGUCCCUCUAUCAGCUGGACACAACUGCCCUCCCUUCAGUUAUCAAAGCUUAUGAAGAGCUGAAUGUGAAACAUGAACCCCUCCAACUCAUUCAGCCUGAAUUUGAGACUCCACUACCUGUCCUCCAGCCAGCUGUUUUUCCACCUGCUUUCAGAGAAUUGCCUCCUCCUGCUCUGGAACUGUUUGAUUUGGAUGAAACUUUUUCCUCUGAGAAAGCACGUCUUGCAGAGAUCACAAACAAAUGCACUGACGAUGACCUGGAGUUUUACGUGCGGAAAUGCAGUGACAUCCUGGGAGUGACGAGUGAACUCCCUGUGGCAGCUACACUUGUCACAGGCAAGAGGUGA